CCACUUGCUUUUAAGGAGUGUGAACGAGGCGUCUGGGACCUCGCCGAUUAUUCUUACAGUUGGACGUAUCGGUGUGGAGAAAGAAGCGCGCAUCUUUACGGUGAUAGGACCGAGGAGCUACGCUACCUCCACCAUGACUGAACGCUUCGACUGUUACUAUUGCCGUGACAACCUUCAUGGGAAGAAGUAUGUGAAGAAGGAUGAGAAGCAUGUGUGUACAAAGUGCUUCGACAAGCUCUGUGCCAACACCUGCGCUGAGUGUCGUCGCCCCAUAGGUGCUGAUGCCAAGGAGUUGAACCAUAAGAACCGCCACUGGCAUGAGGACUGUUUCCGCUGCGCUAAGUGCUACAAACCCCUGGCCAACGAGCCGUUCAGCGCCAGGGACGAUGGCAAGAUCAUGUGUGGCAAGUGUGGCUCCCGCGAAGACGGCAACCGUUGCCAGGGCUGCUACAAGGUGGUCAUGCCAGGUACUCAGAACGUGGAGUACAAGAACAAGGUGUGGCACGAGGAAUGCUUCACCUGCUUCGAGUGCAAGCAGCCAAUCCGCUCGCAGAGCUUCUUGAACAAGGGCGAUGACAUCUACUGUGGCCCCUGUCAUGACAAGAAGUUUGCCAAGAAAUGCUUCCACUGCAAGCAGCCUAUCACCUCUGGAGGCAUCAGCUAUCAGGACCAACCGUGGCACUCCGAGUGCUUUGUCUGUCGUACCUGCCGAAAGACCUUGGCUGGAACCCGCUUCACCUCCCACGAGGAACAUGUCUACUGUGUGGACUGCUACAAGACCUCGGUGGCCAAGCCGUGCAAUGGCUGCAAGAACCCCAUCACAGGGUUUGGCCACGGGACCAAUGUGGUGAACUACGAGGGCCACUCCUGGCAUGAGUACUGUUUCAACUGCAAGAAGUGCUCACUCUCCCUGGCCAACAAGCGCUUCGUCAUGAAUGGAGAGCUCAUCUAUUGUCCUGACUGCGCCAAGAAGCUGUGAGCGCGGCCAACAAGAAGGCCAGAGAAGAUUCUCGUCCGUGAUUCCUGUCGGGACCUCUAAACCAACUGGAGAGGUCAAGCGGCUCAAUCUACCGUGUGAAACCGCAGGUUAUUGACCUGAAUGAAACCUAACCGCCAUUCAAAGUAAUCUUGUUCCAGUGUUUGAUGUCAGUGUUGAGUACUAACACACGUGUCAACUGGUUUGCUUGUGAUAUGCAAUACUAUAAAGCUUGGCAUAGCCAUAUUAGGGAAUGCCCUUUCAGUGCCUCACUGGAAGAAUACUAAUAUGUUACGAGACAUGUUACAUGCUUCCUGUAACUUGUUGAAUUCUAUACUAAUUUUCCUAAAUUAACAUCAUAUCUCUGAAGUGAUGUAUUAAAAGACCUUAUAUAUGAAGGUCUCGUGUAGGUCUUCAUGUAAUAAUCAGAAUGGAUAAACUGGGUCUUUCUUUGAAAGUAUUAAAAGGUGUUGCUCAGAAAUACUAAUCAUGUGGUCAUCUCGUUCUGAAGUGGAGGGACAGUUUGGUAUGUGAAUGCAGAUUUUUAAGGAUCAAUAAAGGCAAGAGACCAAAA